CUCAGCACCAAGGUCAACACGUCGACUCCUCAUCUGGGCCUCCUGUUUCCUCUUUGGUCUUAUCAACAUGCAUCUCACCACCGUCCUCCUGGCCCUGCUGCCCGCCGCCUUUGCGGCCCCUACCGCUGAGCCCCUUGAAAAGCGGGCACCGCUCAUCGCAGCCAGGGCCGGCCGUAAAGUUCCGGGCAAGUACGUCGUCGUGAUGAAGGACGGCGUGAGCGAGGAUAGCCUUCUCGAGGCCGUCGCCAAGCUCGAGAGCCCCGACCAUGUUUACCGCAGCGGCAAGUUCAAGGGCUUCGCAGGCAAGCUCGAGGACGCCCUUCUCGAUGAGAUCCGUAGUCUGCCCGACGUCGAAUAUGUUGAGGAGGAAGCCAUCUUCACCAUCAACACGUACGUCUCGCAAACCGGCGCCCCCUGGGGCCUGGGCCGCAUCUCGCACAGGAACGCAGGAUCCACCACGUACGUCUACGACGACAGCGCCGGCGCCGGUACCUGCGCGUACGUGAUCGACACGGGCAUCUACACUGGCCACUCGCAAUUUGGCGGCCGCGCCACCUUUGCCGCCAACUUCGUCGACAACUCCAACACCGACGGCAACGGCCACGGCACGCAUGUCGCGGGCACGAUUGGCUCCAACACAUACGGUGUUGCCAAGAAGACCAAGCUCUACGCUGUCAAGGUCCUCGACUCCAGCGGCUCCGGCACCACUUCUGGCGUGAUUGCCGGCAUCAACUACGUCGCGAGCGAUGCGCCCAGCCGAAACUGCCCCAACGGCACUGUGGCCAACAUGUCGCUCGGCGGCGGCUAUUCAGCCUCACUCAACCGCGCCGCCGCCGCUCUCGUGGACGCGGGCGUGUUUUUGGCCGUCGCCGCCGGCAACGACAACGAGGACGCUGGUAACUCGUCGCCCUCCUCGGAGCCGUCCGUGUGCACAGUCGGCGCGACGACGAGCAGCGACGCCAGAGCCAGCUACUCCAACUACGGCUCUGUGGUGGACAUCUUUGCGCCCGGCACCAACAUCCUGAGCACCUGGAUCGGCAGCUCGUCGGCAACGAACACUAUCUCGGGCACCUCGAUGGCCACGCCGCACAUCACCGGCCUCGGCGCCUACCUCCUGGCGCUGCUCGGUCCCAAGUCGCCCGAGGACCUGUGCGCGUACAUCCGGUCGACCGGCACCUCGGGCAAGCUUAGCGGCAUACCCAGCGGCACCGUCAACGUGGUGGCCUUCAACGGCAAUCCCUCUGGCUAAUCCCCUAUAUGCUCAAGUGGCAUCUCAAGUCGGAGAUAGCAUGGUGGGAGAAGGAGGAGCAACCGCGGAGGCGUCAAAAUAUGGUCUGAAAUAGGAGGAGGGAG